AUGACAGCAACAGAAAAAUCAUUAUAUCCAACAAUAUUCAUGAUAGUUUACAACCAUGGAAAACUAAAACCCUGGUGGCCAUGGAUCCCUCUCCUUGUACUCUUUCUGAAGUUCUUGUCUCUUGGGUUAUGCACAGGGCUUCAAUUAGAAACUGGAAUUUUGGGUAGUCCAAAAUGUCCCUCAGAAGAUACUUCUUGGAUGGAAGUGGAUUAUCCUCCAGAUUAUAAUCCACCAGAAGAUUUCUACUCAGAUUCAUGUUAUCUUGCUCAAGUUCCAGGAUCAAAAGGAAGUGUACACAUGCACACAUCCAUUGAAAACUCACAAAUUGAAAAUGUCCUAAGAGAAGAAACACCAGUGGAAGAAGAGAGUGGAUUGGAACAGAUACCAGCUUCAGAUCAAUCCAAAUCAAGAAAAAAGAAGAAACAAAUUCAAAAGGUUGUAGAGAACAGUGAUAGAAAUAUAUUUAAGACAAUUGAUAUGGGGGUUCCUUUGCCUAGGAAGCUCAAUUUACAAGAAGUUACAAACAAGGUCCCAAGGCCAAGAGUCCAUUCACAAUCUUAUUGGAAAGUCAGGAAGAGUCCCAGUGCAAAUAACAAGUUCUUCCUGUUUCAGAAGGUUGGGAUUCACAAUGCAAAUUUGUCUCCAACACUUUGUUACUUAAUAUUUGAGUCUUUUCAUGAAAUAUACAAGGCUUUGGAGUUCAAAUGUGGACAUAAGCAUGAAGCAAUUAAAGCUGCAACUCAGGCAGUGAAGAAUGCUAGCUAUGGGGUUGUUAUGGUAUUUCUUGGUCUUAUAAGGGUCUUUGAGGCUGAAGGGAGCCGGAAGGAUAAUCUUGAAGUUCUCUUGAAUGACGGCUGGGAUUACCUUGAAAACUUCUUUCAGACCUGGAAGAAUGCAGAACUUGGAGAUUUUUCAUUGCAGGAAGAUAUUAAAUUUGAAUCACAAUAUGCAUUGGAACCUUAUUUCCACCUGAGGUAUCUGAAGAGAAUUAAUCACCCCAAUAAAGUACCUUUCUUGCUGGCUUAUUUACUUGCCUUAUAUUGGUCACAAAAUAGAAAAACCACUGGCAUACCUAGGCAUGGAAUAUCUCAACAUAUACAAAGACUUGUGGAUGUAUGUAAAGCUGAUUCAAACUCAUUUCAAGGUGGGCUUUAUGGAAGGAUAGAUAUCAGGAACCAUGCAUUCUGGGGAGCAGAGCAGUUUUCAAGAAAGUAUUGGUAUUCAUAUGGAGAUACAGCCAAAUCACCACAAGAUGUCUUGUUCCUGAGCUCCAAUGCUGCACAGUUUCAUACACCCAUUGGCAGAGAAAUGUGUAGAGCUGUUCAUAUUUUCUUUGAAGACCUGAUCAGGGAUCUAAAUCAGAUAUACUUGGCAAUGAAUGGACAUCCACAUCUAAAAGAUAUAGCACCUGAAGUGGUCCACGAGAUGGGUAUCAUAGCAAAAGCUGUCAGCAUGGCAGAGUACAGAGUUACUGUUGUGGUACUAGGCAUGAUAAGGGUUCUGAACAAACAACACUUCACUGAUUCCCAACUUGAGAGGUUGAUAAUGAAUGCAUGGAAUUUUCUCAAGAAGAAGUUUUCUGAAUGGAGGUUGUUAAAUUUUCAUACAAAAGAUUCUCAAAACAUCUUCAACUAUGAUUCAGCACAAUUUGAGUGUGGCACUCAAGCUGAUAAUCCUGAAGCUCUUUUUCAUGGGCUUGUUGGGUACAAGAGUAAGAAUAAAUUUCCAAAGCAGUGUAUUACUUAUUUGUUUAAUUCAUGGAUGAAGUCAGUAACUCAAAGCAAGCCAGGUUCAGAGGAAUACAUGGAGACUCAAACUGCAAUUCAAGGCAUCCCUUUAGGAAGCAUAGAACAAUGGAACUUAUCCCUUAGAAGUCAUAAUCACAUGUAUCAAUCACCUGGCACAAUUUCACUUCAAUAA